GGCGAUGUGAGAGUGACACUUUUUAAAAAGAACAAACGCGACCAAUAGUUACAUGUUGACUAAAAGGCAUAACAUACAAUUUGAAAAGUUUUACGCGCGGGAAGUUCAACCAGCCGGCAAUACUACCCUUGACAACAAUGGGUCACGUGCUGUGACGUCACGACAAUCACAACCCCGAAGGCAUCUUGUAGGCGUGGUUACGUUGUUGAUAAGUCUCUGCUUACUAUCGGGUCAUGGUAUCUAUUUCCGAUCGGAUGGAGCUCAUCACCGAAGAGCGUGAGGGCAUGGCAGCCGAAACGCAGGUUCUGUCCCCUGUCCCGGAGUUAAUGGAACGGUCAAGGUCCUCUACUCCUGGUAGUGAUUCUAACAACGCUACACCUGAUGCCAGCAGCAGUACUGUUACAACUGACUCAAAUACACAAGGUCACAUCAACACUUCAAGUGUUUGUCGGAAAGGCCCCACUAGCCAAAUGGACAAAGAAGAAAAAGGUUUCAUGGACCAUAUCUUCAGCCUCACCAAGGAAUACAGCCAGGAGAUUCAGGAAAUGGGGAGACAACUCCGCCUAGAACGGAAGAGGAACGCAAAGCUCGAGAUGGAACUGAAUCACUACCGUCUUGAAUGCGAUAACUACAAACUGAGUUGGAUGAUGGACCAGGCGGAAGUGGAGGAACUCCAGACCAAGCUACAGGAGAUGGAUAACUACAAGGACGAGAUCAAGAACAUCGAGGCUCAAAUGAACUGCAUGGAAGACGAAAACAAGAAACUUAAGAAAUCUCUCUCGCAAGUCCAUUUCGAUAACAAAGCUUUGAGGAAAAUCAUGGUGAACAUGACGGACAUGCGAGUGGAUGCGGAAAUAAGAGGGGCAUUGGUUCCUAACAUGCCGCCAUGUUCUGUUGAAGGCCGCAGGAGGUCAGGGAGACGACGCCAACACACAAGGAAAUCUCAUUGUGCCAAGACCACACAACUACCCCCAGUCACUGAGAACAACAGGAUUGCAGGCUCCCCACAGCAGACGACGGCGUCUUCACGGGUUACUACUCGCGAUUUUCUGGCUCGUCGGGCAUCAAUGGGGAACAUCUGCCCACAGCCACCUCGCAGGGACCUUUCGAGCAGACGACAGUUGCAGAGCGGUGUACCCCUAUCUUCAGCUAUGUCUGCUGAAAGUGUUCCUCGCGGUCGUGCUCGGCAUCUAAGUUCUUGGAAAUAAUUGUAGACAUUUUUAUAUUAUGAACAAUACAAAAUCUGUAUCAAACGUGCUUUUAACACUACAAAAUUAAUGUCUACAUUAUUUUCCGGCGUAAAAGGCGUCCGCUAUACCUUUAAUAUUUUUGCUGCAUUUUUUAGUAAAUGUCAGAUGAGCUUGUUUUUGAAUAAUGAUGCAUGCUUGGUGCUGUUGAAAACUAACUUGCUAGCUGUUUAUCAUGUUAUAUGAAAUAUCGAAUACUUAUUUCACAGAUUAUAUCCUGGUAGUAUGAAUGUUUGUAUUAAUCUUGCAGAUGGUUGUUUUAAUGAAAUCUUUACAAGUUGUUGAAUAUAUAUUAUUGCAAA